AUGAGCCAGCCACAUUCUCCCGAGAAUAUUGCUCGAACUAUCCAGGAGUUAGAACUUCUUCUCGCCGAAGCCGUGCAAAUUGCCGAGACAGCUGGCAUCUCAGAAGGACAACGCAAGUCAGAGAAGGCGAAGCAGGAUAGGCCGAUGAGUCCGACUCGACGACCCAGUGAAGGCCUAGCAAAGAGAGUAAAUACAUACCUUGAAAGAGCAUCUCCCGAGCCGGUUGCUUCGCCACCGACCGAAGAUACAGCUAGACAUGAGCAAGGUAGACGCGCGGGGAGAGAACUUGCUCCAGACGAAGAAGAUGUCGACGAACCUGUUUCGGAUAACCUGCGCUUGGUCCCUCCACAACCAAUUGCGGACCCGCCUGAUGAGAGAAAGACAAAACUGUCCAGAGAUCGAAGAACAUCCGCUCAGACAUCAUCUAGCCGCAAUGGUCGGACUACGAGAUUCCUCGACUUACCUGAGAUACGUUCUCGCAGCAAUUCAAUGCGAGUGCCCGACGGGCAGAGGCCGAGUCUGCGGCCUGCACCAAUAAUACAGCUGAACAAUGUCGAUUUGAACACCGAAGACGCAGAAGAGAAAGAUAGCCUGCUCGGAAGCCGUGGGGAUCUGGAAGUGUCCAAUUCCAAGAUUGACCUCAAUGGAGCCCGGCACGUCGACAUUGAGGAAAAGCCUGACGAUGUAAAUGUCCACAAAACGUGUCACCAUGCACCUGUCGCCCGGAACUGGCCCGACUCUCGAAAGCGCUUUGCAGCACUGGUGAGCUGCAUAAAUACCGCGUGCAUGGGGCUCAUAAUCGGCAUAUACGCUGGAGAAGUCCCUGCUAUCCAGUACGUCGUUGUCGACCUGAACCGUCGAGUGAUAUUUGGAAACGUGUCCCUUUACUGCGGCCUUGUCAUCCCUACUCUGGUGUGUUGGCCCCUACCGCUAUUACAUGGUCGGAAACCGUAUACCAUUGCAGCUCUCAUCCUGGCGCUAUGCUUGCAAAUCCCUCAAGGCAUCAUGGUCAUCUCUUUCAGAUCUCCGGACGUGGAGAGAUACAGGGUGAUCUUGCUCUUGGCCCGCGGGUUGUCAGGAUUCGUCUUCGGAUUCGCCAACAUCAACAAUCUCGGUACCCUCUUGGACGUUUUUGGUGCUUCGCUCCAGAGCAGCAGAUCUCACGAAGGCUUGGCAAGUCCUUAUGAUGUCCGUCGACACGGCGGAGGAAUGGGUGUGUGGCUGGCCAUAUGGUCUUGGUGCACGACUGGGUCCAUCGCUCUGGGGUUCGUUAUCGGAGCAUUCAUCAUAAGCGGAGCUUCGGUGGAUUGGGGUUUCUGGGUGUCACUAAUAUUGUUGAUGGGCGUUCUUUUGCUGAAUGUGAUCGCCCCUGAAGUACGCCGAUCAGCUUUCCGCCGAACCAUUGCAGAGAUAAUUGGUGAAGGGGGAAGUUUCAGCAGAGUCGCCCGCGGGGAAGUCAAGCUGCACCUGACAGGGAACGGGCCUUAUUGGUGGGGUGAGGAGGUCAAAGCAGGUCUCCAGCUCAGCUGGAAAAUGGUGAAACAGCCAGGCUUCCUGAUUCUGUCGAUAUACGCCGCAUGGGUAUAUGCUCAGUUCACCUUGAUUCUGAUGCUGUUGGGAGCACUCACAUCCACUCUCUACCGUUACCGUCCAGUCGACGUCGGACUGUGCGUACUUUCUCUGGUUAUUGGGUCGGCAUUAGCGAUACCAUUUCAGAAAGCUUCGUGGUUCAGCCGCGCUCGAUACUACCCUCCACGGACCGAUAGCAUGACAUUUCAGAAGGCGCUUCCAUGGACUUCCCACACAAUUCGCCGGGCAUUGGUCAUGGUUUUCCUACCUUUGUCGGCUAUCGCAUAUGCCUUGACAUCAAGAGGCCCGUCAUUUCCUGUGGCGGUGCCUUGUGUAUUUGCAGGGUGUGUUGCAUGGGCUUCGGCACUGGCAAUAGGUGAAUGUUACGCUCUGAUGAUGCAGACGUUUGACGUUUCCGACCUUCAGCCAGGAAUGACCGGAAGGCCCGUCCGCAAGUCAGUCGUCAUGCGGUACCGUGAACAAAGAACAAACUUCUCGUCUUAUCCAAGAGUCAGCGCUGGCAUGGCAGUCACCCAGUCUCUGAAAUUCGUGUUCGGGGCUGUCUCGGUCGGUAUCUGUGGUCGCGUGGAGAGAAGAUACGGUGCAAUGCAGGCGGCCUUUAUUGUCGCUGGAGUUCUCUUGACCUUGACAUUGCUGCUCACGGCUGUAUUGGUGCGUUGGAAGAGUGUACAAAUGAUUCCAGGCAAAAGAGGACGUAGCGAUGAAGAAGAAUCCGCGUGGGAACCCGUUGUCCUGGGGCACCCGAGCGGACUAACACGAAAGAUCAGUGUCCUGGAGGCAGGGGACCAAAGCAGGUGGUCGGAAAUUCGCAGAAGGAACAGGGUCUUGAAACGGCUGACCGUCAUGACGUUGGACACAGCAUCGCCCGACCAUUAUCGUCUGGAGACGGGCAAUCUGCAUCGCUUCGCCGCGCCGGCAGUAUCCGUUGAGUGGCAGAAGGAGUGA